AUGCCUGAAUGUGGAGCGUGCACCUCUAUCAUCAACCUGCGUUAUCAAGACGGCCGGGAGGGCAGCCCCUCCAACCCUGCAGCGUUCAACCACCAGGACUACGCACAGCUGAAGGACCAGCACCUCCGCAGUGGGACGCUGUUUGUGGACGACGCCUUCCCACCUAACACCCGCUCUCUGGGGGGCCUGCCCAAUCCUGGAGUGGAGUGGCUUCGACCAGCUGAGCUCCUGCAAAGACAAAACAACAGCAGCGAGCCGACUUUCUUUCCGCAGGGAGCCUCUCGCUUUGACUUUGGUCAAGGCUACGUCAGUAACUGCUGGUUUCUGUCUGCACUUUGCUCACUGACCUUCAAUCAACGCAUGAUCGCACAAGUGGUGCCAGUGGACCAGUCCUUCGAGGGCCAUGCAGGAAUAUUUCACUUCAGGUUCUGGAGGUUCGGCCAGUGGGUGGACGUGGUCGUUGACGACCUUCUGCCCACAACAAACAACUUUUUACUCUCUGUGCACUGCAAAGGAGGAAAUAUUUUCUGGGUCCCCCUGCUGGAGAAAGCCUACGCCAAAGUGUGUGGUUCAUACGAUGACAUGAACUUCGGCUUGCCGUCAGAAGCCUUCAAGGAUUUCAGCGGGGGGGUCUACACCACCUACAAACUCGGGGAGGCCCACGACAAAGGCCACGAUGAAGAGCUCUGGCUUACGCUCACCAGAGCCAUUAGGUGCAAGUCCAUGAUUUGCUGCACGACUCCAACAGGGGAUAAGCAGGUGAACAGUGUAGGAGACAACGGACUGGUGAUUGGACACUCUUAUUCAGUCACAGGUGUCACUGAGGUCGACUGUUUGGGCUCCAAGGUGAAGCUGGUGCGCAUCGUGAACCCUUGGGGCGCACAGGAGUGGAAGGGAAAGUUGGGUGAAAGGUCAGAUAUGGGAAACCUAUUGAAUACAGAAGAUCAGGCAAAGCACCAAGAUGGAGAGUUCUGGAUGGAGUUGGAGAACUUCUGUCACAAUUUCCUCCAGGUGUCCAUGUGCUGUGAGACCCCCAACUUCAUCGACGGGGACUUCAACUGCCAGUGGAAGUGCCUGACUUACGAUGGCAGCUGGCUGGCCGGGGAGUCCGCAGGCGGCAGCAUCGCUGACUCUACCUUCGAGACAAAUCCCCAGUAUCGCAUCCAGGUGUCUGUUACAGACGAGAAGGAGCCGGGGGACAAAAACAUCUUGAUUUCUCUGAUGCAGAAACCUGAGAUGAUGAACCGCCUACAGGAACGCUUCUACCCAGCUGGACUGGCCAUCUUCAAGAUUCCACUUGGGACCCCAGAAGGACGUCUGGAGAACCUCUUCUUUGACGCAAACCCCCCGGAGAAGCAGAGCUCUUACACCUAUGAAAGGGAACUGAUUGAGCUCCUCAGCCUGGAGCCUGGAGAGUACGCCAUCAUCCCCUCCACCAAAAUACCCUACAUGACCGCAGACUUUGUUCUCACCGUCUACAUCAAGGCUAAGUCUAAGACCUGUCCCAACGACGACCACGAACACGACAACUCAACUGAUCCCAAAGAUAUUAAAGCUAACUCGGGCAGAUGCAUUGACGAGGACGCUGACAUGGGGCCCACCCAUGACUUGUUCAACCAGUAUGUCGAUCAGAACGGAGAGCUGUUGGCCACGCAGCUCCAGAGGCUACAUGAACUUCACACGAGCAUGAUUGCUAUGGUGGAUAUCGACCAAAGGAUGACCAUGACCUUCACUGAACUGACUACAAGGUUGAUUCCUUUUUUGCAGCGACUCUUCCAUCGCUCUAAUUUGAAUCAGACUGGAUCCCUGGCUGACAUCGAGCUCCAGGGGCCAGUGAUGUUCGGGUACUCAGAACCCUCAUCCACCUCCUGGAAGAACUUCAUAGUUCUCAUGAUGCGUCUGGAAAAUACAUCAUAA